UCAUUAUUAUACAUUACUUUCAAGUUUUUAUUAACGAAUUAGUUGCUUUUGUUUUCAUCGACCUGGAACUCAAUUCCUGGAUUAUUUAUGGUUUUAUAAUAACGCUGCUUCUUCCUCAGACUAUAAGCAGCUGCCAUCGUUGGAGUUAAUUGCCAAUCGACCCUCGGACCUCCUCCUUGCUUAAUAACUUACGUGAAGCACUCUCCGACUACUGUUGGUGCAGUCUUGUAGUAGAAAACAAGAGCUGCGCAAUUCAAAUCUACGAGAAUGGACUACGAGUACAAUCCUGAAGAAGCUUUUGCUAUAAAUUUCGGAUUUCUUCGAGUGGAUGGUGCAUGGCCAACUGGGAUAACGAAUCCAAUACUAAGAUUUUUGUACAGAAUUUAUGGAUUUUGUGUUCUAUCCAUCUUCACAGUGUUAUACUUUUCAACUGAAAUUAUUUUGAUGACAGUGAUAUGGGGUGAUGUCCAGGCGAUGGUUGAUUGCUCCUUUCUGUUUCUCACGCAUCUCAGCCAUUCGGUGAAGCUAACGAAUUUCUUACUCCGUCAAAAACGUCUAGACAGGAUGAUUUUUCAAUUGAGGGAGCCAAUGUUUGUACCGAAAAGACCUGAACAUAUCGCUAUCAUGAAGGCAGCAGUGCUCAAUGCUGAACGGGAGACCAAGAUGUUCUUAACAAUUACAUUCGGCACGAUCAUCUGUUGGUCCAUAUUACCGUUGCUUAGUCAGAAAGAGGUUAAAGAACUUCCUUUGAUGGGAUGGUUCCCGUUUGAUACAACUCAAAGCCCGGCGUAUGGUUUUACGUAUACUUAUCAAGUGAUAUCGGUCCUUUUAAAUGCUUGCGUAAACGCAAUGAUGGACACGAUGACUUCUGGUCUGCUCAUUCUCAUGGGUGCUCAAUUGGACAUGUUGAAAGAAAAUUUACAAUCUCUGACCGAUGACGCUUCAACUAUGUCACAAGCUGAAAUGAAGUACAUUCAAGCUGUCAAAAUGAAACCAAGGGGUACUAUGUUUAUUGACAUAAGACAAAUUCAAUACGAUGGUAAAACUGAUGGAUCUGUGGAGAAAAUAGUGAAGUCCAAACAUGAAUAUGGGAAACUUGAUUUAAACAGAAAUUUUGAUACUGAUAAUCAAUUCGAGAACGUGAUGAGAUAUGAAGAUAUUCUACAUAUUCGAGUUGUAACGUGCGCUGAACAUUUUAAAGCACUAGUCAAGUAUAUUUAUAACGUGAGAGAUGUAUUUCAAAUUGGUAUCAUGGCUCAGUUUUUAGCCAGUAGUAUUAUUAUAUGUCUGACGUGUUUUAAGUUGAGCUUGGUAUCACCAGCAUCUGUAGAGUUUGCCUCCAUGUUGCAGUAUAUGGCAUGCAUGCUGUUUCAAAUAUUCUGCUACUGUUGGCAUGGAAAUGAAAUUAUAGAAAAGUCCUCCGAACUCCUAUCUGCACCAUACGGAAGUCAGUGGGUAUCAGGUUCGAAGAAGAUUAAACAGUCAAUUCAAAUAAUGAUGUUGCAAAUGAAGACCCCUUUGAAAUUAGUUGUUGGAGGAUUUUUUACGCUUUCCAUUGAUACGUUUUUCGCAAUUAUAAAAUCAGCCUACUCCUUUUACCUGGUUCUGAAGCAGAUGAACGAAUGACUAAUCGCAAAAACAUUAUUGCUGCACUUGGAAGUUCAUCUGUAGUCGACUUGUUAUAUUGUAAUUAGAAGUUACGUUGAAUGGUGAUUAUUCAUCAUGUGUUGUACUUUCAAUUAGUUACGAAAAUUUUGAAAUUAAAAAUACCAAUUCAUUGUCAUUCAGCUGACUAAUAUAUGAUACCAUCUUCAUUUUUUAUAUACCCACAUGGAAUAUUUUUUCAUAUACUGAUCAACUGAACGUGCCAUAAUUAUUUAAGUUCUUUUGCAAUUUUUACCUUUUUUUUCUUCCUUUUAUUUAUAUACUACAUGAAUUAGUUACUGUCAUAAAGAGUGGCUUGUAGUUCCGGUAUCCUGCUCAUCAGUUGUUGGAAAAUAAAUUCAGCAAUCUGAUUGUAAUAAUAUGACCGGAAUAUCAUUGUAUAAGCGUAAUUUAUAGCAGCAGUUGGUUAACUAAAACUUGAAAUUUCUUUUUAGUAUUAUUCAAAUUCUUCAUUAACGUUCAUUAACAAUGUUAUGUAUUGCAGGAAUCGUUGAUUGAAGUUUUGUCAGUUGCAAAUGCCGAAACAAUACAUACAUAUGUCCAGAAGUCAUAUUUUUAAGAUUCCUUAAGGUAGUACAACCGGUACAGUCUCAUCACGUGUGAGUAAAAAUUAAAAAAAGUUAUAUUUGAGAAA